AUGUUAAGGAUAGCGACUAAAAAUUUAAAUAAAAGUGGUGGUCGACAAUUAUCUGCCUUUAUUAAUAACCAAACUAAUAAAAUAGGUCAACUUCGUUUCUUUGCCAGUGUUAUUGACGCUCCUGUUCAUGCAACAAAUCUCACAAAUGGUGUUACCGUCGUGGCUAUUGAAGAUCGAACGCCAGCUUCUUCCGUCUCAAUUGUAGUUAAAGCUGGUCCUCGAUUUGAAACAUCGGAUAAUGUUGGGGUUACUAAUUAUCUAAAAAAUUUCGCAUUUAAGGCGACCUUCCGUACAACACGUGAGGUAGAAUUACUUGGUGGUGUUUUAUCCGCGAAUUUGACUCGUGAAAAUUUAAUCCUAUCUGCGGAAUUUCUUCCGGAAGAUUUACCUUUUUUCUUGGAAAUUUUAUCUGAUACAAUCUCGAAAACCAAAUAUACACAUUAUGAAUUCAAUGAUGUCAAGAAGUUGGUUAAUUUGGAAUCUGCUGCUGUCGAAUCGGUCCCCGAAGUGCUUGGUCUCGAUCAAGCUCACGCGGUAGCUUUUCGUACCGGACUUGGAAAUUCGCUCUUUGCUAAAUCUUCAACAAAAGUCACGAAUGUAGACAUUGUGAAAUCAUUUGCUGAAAAAGUUUAUACAGCUUCAAAUAUCACAAUCGUUGGCACUGCGAUUGAUCACAAAAGAUUAGCAGACUUAUCAGAACAUUAUUUUAACGAUUUAAACAGUGGAACUCCUCUAGUCUCCGUCAGCACCGACUCAAAAUAUUACGGUGGCGAUUUGAGAAUUCCAAAUUCUUCACCUACUAGUCAUUUUGUACUUGGAUUUCCUGGUGCAGCUUUAGGCUCCAAAGAUUAUGCAGUACUACAAAUCUUACGAUUCAUAUUAGACGGAGAGAAACAUACUAAAUGGGGUGUUGGUGUUACUGCAUUGGCUCAAACAAUCAAUAAAUUAUCGACUGGUACACAAAUGACCACAUUUAAUGCUGGAUAUUCGGAUAUUGGUUUAUUUGGUGUUUUCAUCCAAAGUCAUCAUCCGGGAUCUAUCAGUAAAGCCGCGGAAGCCACAGUCGAACAAUUAACUAAUGUCGCAAAAGGAUUAAUCUCUAACGAAGAAUUCAAAAGAGCUUUGGCGAAAGCAAAAUUCGACACUGCUGCUUCUUUUGAAACUAGAGGCUUGAAAACCGAACUUUUGGGCGCUUAUCAGGUUUCUGCGUCUACUCCUUCUGCACUUAAUGCGUAUGCGAAUAUAAACACAAGUGACAUUCAAGAAACGGCUCAGAAAAUUUUGAAGAGUAAACCAACAGCAAUCGCAAUUGGUGAUGUUAGUUCUUUGCCAUAUUCCGAUUCAUUAUUUCAUUAUCAAAAAGCUAUUCCCAGCAAAAUAAUUUCCCGAAAUGUGAUAAUUGCGGCGAAAGAUCCAGAUGCAUUAAAAUAUGAUGUUAUUGUGGUCGGAGGUGGACAUGCCGGAACAGAAGCUUCUGCAGCCGCAGCUAGAACUGGCUCAAAAACUUUAUUAAUCACCCAUCGGCUGGAUACGAUAGGUGAAAUGUCAUGCAAUCCAUCAUUUGGUGGAAUUGGAAAAGGAGUGCUUGUUCGAGAGAUUGAUGCCUUAGAUGGAUUAUGCGGAAAAAUUGCCGAUAUAUCUGGUAUACAAUUUCAUGUGCUAAAUCGAUCAAAAGGGCCAGCAGUUCAUGGACCUCGUGCGCAAAUAGAUCGAAAGCUUUACAAACGAAACAUGCAAGAAUGCCUUUUUGAUUACCCAAAUUUGGAAAUUAAAGCUGGCAGUGUACAUGAUAUUAUUAUGCAUCCUUCAUCGACAUCUCUUAAUACAGCAACAUCCGGAAAUCAAGAUUUUUCAUCAUCAUGUUACGGACAAGUUCAGGGUGUGAGACUUGAAUCGGGUGAACUUAUAAAAGCUUCAAAAAUUAUAAUCACUACUGGAACUUUUCUGCAAGGAGAAAUUCACAUUGGUAAGAUUGCAUAUCCCUCAGGUAGAAUCGGUGAAGCAGCUUCCGUUGGAUUAUCUAAAUCAUUAGAAUUGGCUGGAUUUCGCCUUGGCAGACUAAAAACUGGAACUCCCCCUCGUUUGGAUGGUAAAACAAUAAAUUAUACAAAUCUACUUCCUCAGUAUGGAGAUGUGCCGGCCACUCCAUUUUCUUAUCUUCAUACGUCAGUGCCAUUUGAAUCACAGCAAGUAUUGUGUCAUCAGACAAGAACUAAUUCUGCUACGCAUAAAAUUAUUCUUGACAAUUUAUCAGAAUCUAUACAUAUUAGAGAAACGGUUAAGGGUCCAAGAUAUUGUCCUUCCAUCGAAUCUAAAAUAAUACGAUUCACCGAUAAGGCAGGUCACAUUAUAUGGUUGGAGCCGGAAGGUUUUGAUACUGAUGUCGUGUAUCCGAAUGGCAUCUCGAUAACUUUGCCUGAAGAGAUCCAGCGAAAGGUACUUAAAACAAUACCAGGAUUAGAGAAUGCAACAAUGCUAAGACCAGGCUAUGGUGUGGAAUACGAUUACGUUGAUCCCCGUGAAUUGUAUCCUACUCUUGAAACUCAUCGUAUUAAAGGAUUAUAUUUGGCUGGUCAGAUUAAUGGAACGACGGGAUACGAGGAAGCAGCUGCACAGGGAAUAAUCGCUGGAAUAAAUGCCAGCCUAUCAAUUCGCGGCAAACCACCAUUCAUAUUAGAUCGCGCCGACGCAUAUAUUGGCGUACUUAUUGAUGAUCUAGUAACAAAAGGUGUUGAAGAACCAUAUCGAAUAUUUACGUCACGCUCGGAAUAUAGGCUCUCUUUAAGAGCGGAUAAUGCCGAUUAUCGACUAACACCUAAAGGCAAAUUUAAAUUAUUGAUAUAA